AUGCCUACAACUGAACCUACAACUACAUAUACCACCAAACCUACAACUACUACAAUUGAACCUACAACUACAACAACUACAACGACUACAACUGAACCUCCAACUACUACAACAACCAAAGCUACCACUACAGCUGAACCUACAACUACAACAGCCACCAAAGCUAAAACGGCUACAACUGAACCUACAACUACAAGAACAACCAAAGUUACAACGACUUCAACUGAACCUACAUUCACAGUUGAGCCCACGCCUACAACUACUUCCAAACCCCAAACCACUACCACUGAACCUACCACUUCUACCAUUGCCUCAACCACCACAUUACCUGAACCAAAAUGUACCUACAAGGGUAAAUUGUACAGUGGCGGUGAAGUGUGGGAAGACGACUGUCAAAUUCACACCUGUGUUGCUCCUCCGUUCUUCAUACAUAGCAAGCCAAGAUGCCUCCCGCUGACAUCUGGUAGUGUUUUUAAUAAUUGCAAGAUUGUGGAAGACCCAGAAGAUCCUUGCUGUCAAAAAACAAUAUGUGACCCAGCCACUGCCCCACCAGAGAUUUUGAAACAGACCACUCCUACUACAACAAAGACAACCAAAGUGGCCAGCACAGAAACAACUUCUAAACCUUCAACUGUAACCACAACAAGCACAAAACCUACACCGACUACAACUGAACGUACCACCACACCCACCACCAAACUUUCAACUUCUUCCACUGAAUCUACCACUGCAACAGUCAUCAAAACUACAACGACUACAACUGAAACUGCCACUACAACUACCCCUAAACCUACACCGACUACAAGUAAACCUACAACUACAACAUCAACCACUAUUGAGUCUACGACUACAACUACUUUUAAACCUACAACUUCUACCAAACCUACAACGACUGCCACAAACCCUACAACCACCUCCAAACCCCCAACCACUACCACUGAACCUACCACUUCUACCACUGCAUUACCUGAACCAAAAUGUACCUACAAGGGUAAACUGUACAGUGGCGGUGAAGAGUGGGAAGACGACUGUCAGAUUCACACCUGUGUUGCUCCUCCGUUCUUUAUACAUAGCACGCCAAGAUGCCUUCCGCUGACAUCAAGUAGUGUUUUUAAUAAUUGCAAGAUUGUGGAAGACCCAGAAGAUCCUUGCUGCCAAAAAACAAUAUGUGACCCAGCCACUGCUCCACCAGAGAUUUUGAAACCAACCACUCCUACUGCAACAAAGACAACCAAAGUGGUCAUCACAGAAACAACUUCUAAGCCUUCAACUACAACCACUACAAUAACCACCAAACCUACACCGACCACAACGGAACCAACAACAAGUACAACUGAGCCUACAACUACAACUACUCCAAAGCCUAAGCCAACUACAACUGGACCUACAAUUACAACAACCAAUAAACAUACAAUGACUACAACUGAACCUACCACUACAACAACCACCCAGCCUACACCAACUACAACUGAACCUACCACUACAACAACCACCAACAACCACCAAGCCUACACCAACUACAACUGA